UCUGUAAGAGCUAAUGCGUGGAAAGAGAUUGAGGGCAUUAAUUUCUCGUAUUUGAACUGCUUUAAUGAUAUCAAAGUUGGGUUGCUCUUCAACGGUGCUCUUCAUUGGCUGGUUGAUCGUUAUGAUUUAGGAAAGAAUGUUAUUGUUGUCUUUGAUUUAAGAAAAAGGAGUUUUUCAGAGAUAUCUCUUCCACGUGACUUUGAGUGGGACUAUAACACUUUUGAUUUGGUGGUACUUGGAAAAAUUCCCAGUCUAUGUGUUGUAGGGUGUUGCUCUCCAGCAGAAUUAUGGGUGAUGGAAGAAUACAAAGAUCACUCAUCUUGGACUAAGACUAUUGUUGUGUCUGUUGAUGACAUUCCCACUAAAUACUUCUCUCCAAUUUGCUCUACAAAAUGUAAUGAUAUUGUUGGGAUAGAUGGGAGUACUGGAUUGGCAAAAUGUAGUGACAAGGGAAAGGUGCAAGAGCAGAGAUAUUGGAGCAGUUCAUAUACAUCCGAGGUGGCUGUCUACAAAGAGAAUCUAGUUACACUCUUGUCACAGAGGCGAUCCUGUUUCAGUCCAUAUAGAUUGCAGGUGGCUGUGUAUAUAGAGUCUCUACUGUAAUCAAAUUCUUCUGUGCAUGGUGAACAAAAUUCUUCUGCUGUAAUAAAGCAUGAAAAGGUAAAAGGCUGAAUGGUGAAACAGCUUUUCAUCAUGCUGUUAUUUUGUUUUGCUGGCACGAUAUGUGGCCAAGCUUUGAAUGCCGACAAUAAGUUGAUUGUUGACGCAGUUCAUAGAUACAAUGUUACCGAUAAUGGUGAUGUUCAAUUUAGUGUAAGCUACAUGAGAAGGCAAUCAUUUCCAUGUACUUUUGUGUGCAUUA